AUGCGCGGGAACCACUUGUCGUCGCUUGUUUUUCGAUUUGUUGAUUACACAAAGACAAAAGAAGAUACGGCCAUGAUCUUCUUAAUUUGGGCUGCCGUGUUACUAGCCAUUAUCUAUAUCUACCACCGAAGAGCAUAUUCGAGGUUUUCGUCAAACGAUGUCAAAUAUAUACCGCCUGCACCAUUUAUCGGAAAUGUCGGGCCAAUCAUUUUUCGGAAAAUACAUUUUGUCGAUGAUUUAACCCGAUUUUAUGCAUCAUUUCCAGACGAAAGGUUCGUGGGUAGAUACGAAUUUAUGAAUUCCAUCAUCAUCCUCCGAGAUCUAGAGCUGAUUAAGAAAAUAACUAUAAAGGACUUCGAGUAUUUCCUUGAUCAUAGAGGUUUCGCAGAUGAGGAAGUGGAACCGAUAUUCGCGAGGAAUCUUUUCUCAUUAAAAGGUGAUGAAUGGAAGGAUAUGCGAUCGACUUUGAGUCCAGCAUUCACAAGUUCCAAAAUUCGAGUGAUGGUGCCUUUUAUGGAAGAGGUUGGCAACCAGAUGACUGCACUCAUGGCAAAAAGGAUAAACGACAAUAGAGGAGAGGCUGUUGAGAUGGACGUCAGGGAUCUUACGCGGCGCUAUGCGAAUGACGUCAUCGCUUCAUGUGCGUUUGGUCUAAAGGUGGACUCUCAAACUAAAGACACCGAGUUCUUUGAAAUGGGAAAGAGAGCGUCUUCAUUUAAGCUAAGGCAAAUGAUCAUGUUCUUUGCUUACAGCGCACUGCCAGGAUUGGUUAAGCGUCUCAAAAUGACACUAUUCUCAAAGGAAACGACAAAUUUCUUCACAAAUGUUGUUAUGGACACCAUGCGACACAGAGAAGCCCAUAAUAUUAUUCGACCUGAUAUGAUACAUCUACUGAUGGAAGCCAAAAAAGGUCAAUUACAGCACGAGGAUAAAUCAAAGAGUACUAUCCGCGACGCCGGAUUCGCCACAGUCGAAGAAUCUGCAGUUGGGAAGAAAGUAAUUCAGAGAAACUGGUCUGACAAUGACCUUAUAGCUCAAGCUGUUUUAUUCUUCAUUGGCGGUUUCGAAACGAUAUCUUCAGCUAUGUCAUUUACUCUGCGUGAGCUGGCUUUAUGUCCAGAAGCUCAAGAGAAGUUAGCAAAAGAAAUAAAAGAAGAUUCAUUGAAAAAUGGUGGUAAAAUUGACUACAAUUCCAUCCAUAACUUGCCAUACAUGGAUAUGGUAAUAUCAGAGGUGCUAAGAUUGUGGCCUCCCGGUUUCCAGUUAGAUAGGGUUUGUGCAAAGGACUAUAAUUUGGGAAGAGCCAAUGAUGCGUCUCAAAAGGAUUACAUUCUUCGAAAAGGUGAACAGGUAAUCAUACCAGUUUGGCCUAUACACCGAAAUCCGGAGUACUUUCCAAACCCCGACAAGUUUGAUCCAGAGCGGUUCUCUGCUGAGAAUAAACACCUUAUUAAACCGAUGGCAUACAUGCCAUUCGGAGUUGGUCCUAGGAAUUGUAUAGGUUCAAGGUUCGCUCUGCUAGAGGUGAAGAUGUUUAUUUAUCAGUUUCUAUUGAAAUUGGAAGUUUCGCCAUCCUCGAAGACAGAACCUAAGGCGAAGCUUGCCUUGGAUAGCUUUAACCUUAAUCUUGAAGGAGGCACGUGGUUGAAUUUCAAGAUACGACAAUAG